CUGGGCUCCGGGAGCUCGGGGCGGGAGGUGGGGGAGGGGGCGGGGGAUGGGACCGGAACCGGAGCGGACCGGGGUGUCCUGCCCCCCGUGGCCGCCUCACACCCCACAAGCGGCCCCCGCGGGGGAUGGGCAGCCGGCUCCCGGCGCGAGAGCUCGCUACCUCGGACCUUGUCGGCCGCCAGGAGUUAAACCAGGGGAAAGUUGGGGGAAGAGGAGCGGGUGAGCGCAGCGGCGCACCCCUCCCUCCAAGCGCGCGCCUUGUCCUUCCUGCCUCUCACGGGCUCGCACCCCUUGCUUCCUUCCCUCUCUCGCCGUAGUUUAGAACCUCACUGCCAUCGGAGGGCUCACAUGACCCCGGACUCCUCCUGCACGUGAUGCGAGGAGAGAAGGGGCGGAGCCACAUGGGCCUCCCCCUGCUCUCUCCUCCCAUUUCACAAACACCCCCCCAGAUGAUGCGCCUGCGCAGUGGGUCCCCUUAGCGGCUCAUUUCCUGACUGGUAUGUUCAGGUACUAAUUCUUCUGGCAGUUCGAAAAGCUGAGCCUUAGGGAACAGAAACGAUCUUAUCGGUCCGUUUCUUCCCCCUCAUCGCCCCCCCCACUCCCUUCUCCUUCCUCGACAAUUUUCAAAAUCUACGGCUGCUACAUCGGCCCGUCACUGCCCAGCCUGGCGUGUACCGCCAGCCUAGGAUGGGCUUCCUUCUACGCAGGUGUACCCAGCACCAGCGAUAGGUAACAGCGCCCCGCGCAUUGAAAGCAGCGCAUGCGUAGGCAGAGAGGCGCCCACUGAGGAAGACACUAUGAGCCCACUGCGCAUGUGUAAGAAGAGUGGACACCAGCUCCUACUUUGGGCUCAGCUGCUGUAAAGAGCCAGGUCUGUCUUGACCUCAUUAAUUCGGUAUGCCACAAAUUACAUCAGCUGUUUGAUGACUUCAGUGUGCUGUAAUGAAGAGUAUUUGACUUGGAGUCUGAGGACCUGGAUUAAAAUUCCGAAUCUGCCACAUUUUACCCACCUGACUUCAGUUUUCUCAUCUAUAAAAUUAUGGAUUUGGACUAAAUUACCUCCAGAGUUAUUUUAACUCUAAUUCCUGUUCCUAUGACCUGGGGCAAGCAUAUCAUCUGGGUAUUAUCUGGGCUUUGCUUUGUUAAAGGCUGCAAACAACCAGACAGUUCAGACAUUAGAAUGGAAGGCAAGUGCUGCAGUCAGCCUGGACCACGCAUUACAUCAGUGGCUUCCACAAGUCUUCUGGGGGUGAUGUUUGUGGCUUUAAGUUCAAGUCGUAUUCUGUUGAUGAAAUUCUCAGCCAAUGAAGAGAAUAAAUAUGAUUAUCUUCCUACAACUGUCAACAUGUGUUCAGAACUUGUGAAGCUGAUUUUUUGUGUGACUCUGGCAAUCUGGGCUUUGAAGAAAGAAGACUAUCAGUGUAAAGAAUUUGGAUGUGCCUCUUGGAGAGAACUCUGCCAUUAUAUGAAGUGGUCCAUUCCUGCCUUCCUUUACUUUCUGGAUAACCUGAUUGUCUUCUAUGUCCUGUCUUAUCUUCAGCCUGCCAUGGCUGUGCUCUUCUCAAAUUUUAGCAUUAUAACAACAGCUCUUCUAUUCAGGAUAGUGCUAAAGCGACAUCUCACCUGGAUACAGUGGGCUUCUCUGAUGAUUCUCUUUUUGUCAAUUGUGGCCUUGACUGCAGGGACUGAAAAUACACACUUGACAAGACAUGGAUUUCAUCACGAUGCCUUUUUCAGUCCAUCCAACUCUUGCUUCCUCCUCCGCAGGCCGCUCAGUGAGUGCCAUGGAAAUGACAACUGCACAGCAAAGCAAUGGACUCUUCCUGAAGUCAAAUGGAAUGCUACUGCCAGGACUUUCAGUCAUAUUCGCCUGGGCCUUGGUCACGUGCUUGUGAUAGUUCAGUGUUUUAUUUCCUCGAUGGCCAACAUCUACAAUGAAAAGAUAUUUAAGGAGGGGGACCAACUCACUGAAAAUAUCUUCAUACAAAAUAGCAAACUCUAUGCCUUUGGAGUGUUUUUCAAUGGUCUGACCCUAAGCCUUCAGACCACUAAUAGUGGCCAGAGGGAGAGUUGUGGGGUUUUUUAUGGCCACAACGCAUUUUCAGUGGCACUUAUUUUUGUCACUGCUCUCCAGGGUCUCUCAGUAGCCUUUAUUCUGAAAUUCCUAGAUAAUAUGUUCCACGUUCUGAUGACUCAAGUCACAACAGUAAUAAUCAUGACAAUAUCUGUCCUGGUCUUUGACUUCAAACCAUCUUUGGAGUUCUUUUUGGAAGCCCCAACAGUCCUUCUUUCUAUAUUUAUUUAUAACUCUAGUAAAUCUGGAACCUUGGUAUAUACUCCUAUGCAAGAGAGAACCAAAGAUCUAAGUGGCAAUCUCUGGGAACGGUCAAGUGGGGAUGGAGAAGAACUGGAACUCCUGACUAAACCUAGCAAUGACAAUGAAUCGGAAGAUGAUGCUUUCUAGUUGAGACCCAAAGCAAGUGGUGGUUCUCCAAAAUCAGCUGUUCAUUUGAAAUGUUUUCUUUUUCUCUUGUUACUUUGGUACAGAAUACCACUCUAAGACCAGAGGCUCAAGGAAAUAGCUAGGGUGUUGGGGCACAGUAGCACUAGCCCCACACUUUAUGAUUCAGUGUGAAAUAUUUACAGGGUAUCCUCAAAGUGCCAAAAAAUAUGCAGUAGACACUUUAGCUAGCCCUCUAACCUUGUGGGAAAAACUCAUGUCAGUCCAUCAAGCACCUGUAAUUUCAUCAGUGUGGCAAUUCCUUCUACAAAUACAAAUCAUAACCUGUCUCUGCUUUAUAGUUUCAGAAUUUCCUACGGUUCAGAGAAGUUAGGAUUCACAGUGAGUAGGAUGCCUUGCCAAAAAUGAAGGUCAUGGCUCUCCUGCCCCCCAGGGGAAGAUAAGUCUUUAUUUUUUUCCCUUUAUAGAUAUAAAUAUUACCUAAGUAACUCCCAUACAUGUUGAGGGCGUAGUGAUCUCUUUAUUUUUCUCUUAAGGGA